GAUAAGGGUUCAACAGGCGCUCCCUUCCCCCGCCCGCCCUGCAGCUGCACGACCCGCCCAUUCUCCUCGAUAAAUGCAGUUUUGGGAUCGUGUACAUUACGCCGUUGACACUCACUGCUCAUGCGAGGGUCGGGACGGACGUGCGGGGUAGCUUGAGGGAGGUCUUAUUAUAUCUGAGCUUGGUUUGCUUCCCCCUCGGUGGGCUGGAUGCCUUGAUUUUGCUCCCUUGUUCUGUCCUUUUUUGCUCUUUGCUGCACCUUUUUAUAGCUCUGUGGAAAUACCCUGUUUGACAUUAUAACUCAGUAUGGGCACGUUGGGGAUUCGAACCGUUGGCAAAGUCAGCUUUGGCACGCCCGCGUCUGAGCAGCCCGGUCUUCAUAACAGAUGGCAUCCGGACAUUCCAUUCGCAGGUACGAUCAAGGAUGGCGAGACUGUAAAGAUUGAGUGCCUUGACUGGACUGGAGGUCAGAUCUUGAACACGGACGAUGCCGACGAUGUCAAGAAUGUCGACCUCACCAAGGUCCAUUAUUUGUCUGGACCGUUCGAGGUCGAGACCGCUGCUCCAGGGGAUCUACUCUUGGUGGAGAUCAUGGAUGUUCAGCCGUUCCAAGGCCAACCAUGGGGAUUCACGGGUAUUUUUGACCGUGGUAAUGGGGGAGGCUUCCUCGACGAAAUCUACCCUUCAGCAGCCAAGGCCAUCUGGGACUUUGAAGGCAUUUUCUGCUCGAGUCGACACAUCCCUCACGUCAAGUUCGCCGGCCUCAUUCAUCCGGGUAUCUUGGGUUGUGCACCCUCUGCCGAGGUCCUGGAGACGUGGAAUACACGUGAAGCUAAGCUAAUUACCGCCAACAAACUCGAGGAUCGAGACGUAGCACUUCCGCCUCAGCCCAUCAACGUCCACGCCGGCAGCGCAGAUGCGACGCUAAAGGAAAAGAUCGGCAAGGAGGGUGCGAGGACCAUUCCCGGCCGCCCUGAGCACGGAGGGAAUUGCGACAUCAAGAACCUCUCCAGGGGAUCCAAGGUCUACCUGCCCGUAUACGUUGCGGGUGCCAAGUUCAGUGUUGGCGAUCUACAUUUCUCACAGGGGGAUGGCGAGAUCUCGUUCUGCGGCGCUAUCGAGAUGGCCGGCAUCAUAACCAUCAACUUCAAGGUCAUCAAAAAUGGCAUGGCCGCUCUAGGCCUCAAGAGUCCCAUUUAUAUUCCCGGGCUCGUCGAGCCGCAAUUUGGGCCCGGGCGAUACAUCUACUUUGAGGGUUUCUCGGUAGAUCAGCAUGGGAAGCAGCACUACAUGGACGUGACUGUAGCGUACCGCCAGACCAGCCUGCGGUGCAUCGAGUACCUACGGCGCUUCGGGUACAGCGACUACCAGAUCUAUCUCCUCCUGUCAUGCGCGCCGAUCCAAGGACAUGUCGCGGGCAUCGUCGACAUUCCAAAUGCCUGCACGACUAUGGGUUUGCCUAUGGACAUUUUCGACUUUGACAUCUCGCCGACGGCGGCGCUCGCCCUGACCGACGGCAAGACAUUAGACAUGGGCAGCUGCGCAUUCGAGACCGGCGUCACGGAGGGCAAGGUCACGAACGGGGGGGAGAACAGCGAGACUAGCUUUGGCGGUGGGCUAACGUAUAAGGAGUGAAGCUGCUGUAGACGCAACCGAAAAGGGACCAAGCUGAUCAACGUGGGCUGGGGAUUUCGUUUGGGGGUUUGAGGCAUCAUUUAUCCGUCGAGUUUGCUGGUUUGUGAAAGCUCGAUACAAAUGGAACUCCUCUUGUUCGAUUAUGUUUCUAGGUAAUUAAUUCGGGCUUCGGAAAAAGAGUUACAAUUU